GCCUUACGUAUAAGGCCUGCUCUCAGUUCAUCUAUAUACAGUCAAGCAGGUUGGAAAUUAGAAGUUCAGUACUGAAAAGUCUGCAUAGAUUUCAAUUUCAAGGAAUGGAAAAUAGACUCCUCCAAAGAAGAGUGUCAUUUUCUGAUCCCCAUUCUCCAAAACACCAUGGGUCAAGUGACAAGACUUGGAACUGGCUCCCAAGGAUAACUUCUCACGAUGACCACAUAAGAGACGACGAGUACGUAACUUCAGUUGCAGCUACGGCAUUUGCGAUUCAUUCUCUUGAAGAAGUAGAGUUACAUGGCUCGUAAAAAAUGAGAGAGCACCCCAAAUCUUCGAGGCCUCAAACGAUGAGAAGAGAAGAGGAUGGCAUAUCAAAGCGGUUAAGUAAUGCAGGGGAAACUUCCAUGAAAAGGUCACUCGGACAAGACCCUAGGACCAAAGAAACUGCUUUUCCUGUUAGACGUCCAAAUAGUACAUCAUCUCCAAUACCUGUAUCUCCUGCACUACGGUAUCAGAGGCAGCAAGGGGUUCCAUUACCACACAAAAAUACCAAAACCAGACCAGAAACAUGUGAAAGGGCUCUGAAGAAAAUGAUUCAAAAGCAGUAUGAGAUAAUGAAGUCCAAACUUCUUUCCUGGGAGUUUGUGAAAACGAUUCAGGCCAGAGUCCAGGGAGCAAGGAAAGUGCAAAAUUACCAGAGUAAGGUGACAAGGGAAGAUAUUAUAGCGCAAGGAGCUAGAGCAGGGUUAGAACGCAGAAGAAGAGAACAACUUGAGACGAGAAAGAACUCGAUCAAAAAUCGAAAAACAAGCAAGGUCCCUGUGAAAGCAUAUUGUUGUCUGGCAUGGAAAUAAAAGCAGCUAUCAGUGACUAAAUGUAAUUCGUACUUAAACUAUUUUUAUUGAUCAAUAAAAAUGCUUGCAAAAUAAACGUACGUGCACUAACUCAUCAAUUAGAAGUUAGUGUGCUUUUUUAUUUAUUUUGCCACCACUCCAUUGUAUUACCCUUCCAAUCAUAUAAUCCAAUCUUAAGUUUCUUU